CGUCAUUGGGGGAAAAAAUCUUAUGUUUCUGGGAGCCAAAACGUUAAACGAGCAAGGAAUAGUACACAUUUUCUUGUUUAUUUAAACAUACUACAAUGUCGACAGAAGAUAAACGAAGUUUCACUCCAGAAUCUAUUCCAGAAGACGGUCCAGAAGAAACAAACGAUAACAGUCCUCGGGAGCCUCCUAAAACCAUCGUGGAAAAGAAGGAAGAGGAGAAAUUGAAGGCUAAGUACCCAAUGCUUAAAGGAGCCAAGUCUGGAGGACAUGCAUUGCUGCACAAGCGGUUGGCUAAAGGGCCAAAAUAUUUUGACUCUGGUGAUUAUAACAUGGCGAAGGCAAAAAUGAACAACCCAAAGAAACCACUUGCGGCCAAUGAGAAGAUGUACUUGCAGGAAUCAAUUGGGGAAACCAUUCCAACUGCAGAUAAUCUUCACCUUCGGAAGCCCUCAAUUGUUACGAGUAAACUGGCAUCUGAUGCCAUCUCCUGAAUGUUGCAUUGAAAGGUUUGAAAGAACAUGACACCUAAAAACGACUCCAUAAAGACUUGAUUGUUGUUGUUGACACAGUUUAAUCACAAACGUACACAUCUAUGUUCCCAAAAUAGUGAUGUUUACUUAUGUACGCGUAGUGCCGUGUUUAAUAUCAACUGCAUAAAAUUCCUCGUGAAUUUUGUAAGUUUUUGUAUUUACAAUUUUUACUGUUGGGAUUAAUGGGUUUUUGUUUCAUCAGAGUCAGUAUUUGUUAUAAAUAUUUCCAUACAUGUAUAUUCGGUAUAAACAUUUGAAAGAUCAAGUUUUCAUAUUGUAGUAUUUAGCCACUGUAACUAGGAUUUUUUUAAUUUAAAAAGAACAUAGCAGUGUAUUUUGAAUCAUGUUAUUAAUUUUAUGAAAAUGGUACUGAUUUAAGUUGGUAUUUGAAGAAUAUACCCAUAAAGCUGCUGUAGACCUAUCAGUGCAUAUAAUUAUACAGUCACACAGUCAAUGGAGAAUUACCUGCCACGUUGAUGUAAGAAGUCCUAGUUCUGAGUGUCUUAAUAACUGUCCGUAGCGAGUAGUGUACACACACACAACACCACACUGCUCAAGUGGCUAAAAACGUUGGUACGUCUUCUGUAACUAGCCGUAGCAUGUUCUCGCUAGCUGAAAAUUAAAAAGAAAAGUGGCACCAGUAAAGAUCAACACCCCUCACCUCAACCCUUGCAAAAUAAAUAAAAUGAAUUCGCAACCACAACACAUUUAUGUACAAAUGCAGAACAUUCAUAAAAAUUAUACAUUCUGAACGUGUUAGUUACCCAUUUUUUCUCUACAUUUAUUAAAGUUUUACUAUGUGUGUACCCACACACCAAAAAGUGUGAAAACAAAUGCAAGUAUGUACAUGUAUUAAUUUUUUUUUUAUUAUUUUUUUUUUUUUUUAUUAUUAUUAUUACGUUUUUGUUUGUGGGGUUUGGAUAUUUUGUAAGCACUAUUUUUGGUUAAAGGCUGCUGAUUACAAGUCUAUAACACUGUAUUAAAGGGACGGACCCUACUUUCAGCCCAUGAAAAUGCACACUAAGUUUAGUUAAUCUACAAACCUGUAACAGAUUUGGAUAAAGUUACAAUUGAGUGAAACAUGAGUCUGUGAUUUUGAAA